GGCGCCAUUCGAACGCAGUCGGUCGCUGGACGCGUGGACCGAAGCACGUGAAACCGACGUAUACUGUUACUGCGAACCCCUUCAGCGGAUUUUCGAAGAGGAGUCUGGAGCAAUGUAAUCUCUGAAGCUUUUCCAUCAUUUCCCCAAAAAGUGGAUUUAUAAGGUGGGUCGAGUAGCUUAUUUCGAUACGACACUGUGCCAACGGAACUAGUUUUGGAGAGCUGUGUUCAUGGUGUAGAAAGGUAGAAAUAAUGUUGCAAAAGAAAAGGACAUCACAACAACGUCAUCUGCGAACUGUUGUAAGACAUCAUCCUAUGAAUUCAUCUGAGACAGCAGCCUUUCGAUGUUAUGACGAUGUUGUGCAGGAAUAAGUGUCCCUCCUCCUCCUGGGCCCUCAAGGUAUCUCAGGUUCUUAUGUGCUGACGAACUGUAGUUUUGGAAGCUUUGUAUCCAGUGGUACUAGAAAGAAUGUAACAUUCGUCGUGAUGUGGUCCCUGUGGACUGCUCACGAAAAUGGCAGUUGAAAGCACCAUAGGCGUCAGUGGAUCAUCUGGAGUGGCUCUCCUUUGAGUUCUGAAGACACCGUGAGUUGAGGAAUCCCACUGACUCUCCGCCGCAUGCGGCGGCCAUGAGAGGCCCGUCCGUGGAAAGGUGAGCCGGCUCGUGGAGCCGCCAUGCUGCGGCCAUCGCCGCCGCCGCCGCCGCCUCCGCCGCCCCCGCUGCCUCUGCUGCUGCUCGCCGUUUUCGUGCUGUUGAUCUCCCUGGAACACCACUUGGCCGCCGCCUGCCCGUCCGCGUGCAAGUGCAUGUGGAAGGGUGGCAAGCAGACCGUGGAGUGCAUCGGCGAAGGUCUCAUCACCAUCCCAGACGGAAUAGACCCAGGCACGCAGGUGCUGGAGUUCUCAGGGAACAACCUGCAGUCUCUCCCCAGGGAACGUUUCCAGAGGAUGGGCAUCAUCAACCUGCAGCGUAUCUACCUGGCUCGUUGCCGCAUCGUUCAGAUAGACGACCGCGCCUUCAAAGGACUGACCAACCUGGUGGAGCUAGACCUGUCUCAGAACCAGCUGCGCUACGUUCCCACAGCAACCUUCAGUGACUAUCCUUCGCUCAUGAGGCUCAUCAUGAAUGGGAACCCUAUCCGAUCUUUGGAAGCGGGUGCUUUCAAAUCCUUGCCGUUUCUCACGACGUUAGAAUUGUCUGACUGUGAAAUUGAAACUGUGGAACCUGGAGCUUUUUCUGGUCUAGAUAAUCUGGAGUGGCUCAAGUUGGAUGGGAACCGUCUCAACAACAUCAGGGGUACCGACACUCUCCCGAGUACCCUUCACGAGAUUUAUCUGCACCAGAAUCCUUGGCAGUGUGACUGCAGGCUAACUGACCUGAGGGCAUGGCUGGUGACGUAUAAGGUUCCACAUACAGAAGAGCCCAAAUGUACAUCACCGGGGCGGCUGAAAGGGGAGCUCAUAAAGACACUGGACUUGAACGAUCUCGCUUGUCUCCCAGAUGUCUCCCCUACGACUCUGUAUCUUGAGAUUGCCGAGGGUAAGAACGUUUCACUCUUGUGUAGGGUGUCUGCGAUACCAGAGGCACGAGUGUCGUGGUGGUUUCAAGGGAGGAUACUUCAGAACGAUUCACUGGUGGCUCCCGGUGUUCACCUGUACUACUUCGUAGAGGAAGGUUCAGAAGAAAAGAAGAGUGAGCUGUUCAUCUUCAACACCAACACAGAAGACAACGGCACCUUUGUCUGUGUGGCUGAGAAUCCAGCUGGGAAGAGCCAUUCCAACUACACUAUACGCAUAAUCGUGAGGGAAGAACCCAUUGUAGGGCCGCCGCCGUUCCCUUACGAGUACGUAAUAACGAUAGCGUGCUCCAUAUCAGUAAUAGUGCUCUUCUUGCUGAUCGGCGUGGUGGCGUGCGCGAUACGUUGCCGACGGAGGCGCAUGCGCCGCCGGAAGAAGGAGCGCAGCAAGGUGGUUGCCCUGCAGCAAGGCAAGGGCGCCCCUCUGAACCCCAUCACGAGGCUGGGCGGCGCCGGUGGCCUGGGCGGCGCGCGCGCCCCAGAGGGAACAGCGGGGGUGGUGCCGCCCCCGGCCAAGGCCAACGGCGCGCUGCUGAUGGGUGCGGGGGCGGACGGACGGUCGCAUGCCCUGCCGCCGCUGCAACACGACGUCAUGAUGUCGCUGGCGGCAGCCGGAGGCGGCAGCGGCGGAGCGGCCAACCCCUGCCUCGCUGGCAGCCCCCACUCCAUGAGGUCAUACGCGCUGGAGGCCAACCCGGACCUCAUCAACGACACCGAGAGCAUCGGCAAGGAGAGGCAUCGCGGGGACGGAGACGGCGGGGAGGAGGCUGGAGGCGAGAGCGGCAGCUACCAGGAGGCGAUGGAGAACGUGGUGCCGCUGCACCCGCUGCGCCACCACCAGCUGCCGCACGGCCACGGCCUGCCGCACCAGCACCACACAGCGGACGUGCACCCGUCGCCGGGCGCGCUCGACCCCUACCACGACCCGGACGGCUACCCGCUGGACUUCGGGCUGCCGUCGGUGGGGGCUGCGACGCCGUCGGCGCGGUUCUCUCGCGAGGCGGAGUUCCUGGCGCGCACGGCCUACGACCUGCACUACAGCCCACCCGACGUGCGCUACACGCUGGAGGGGUACCCGGCGCCGGCACCCGCGCUGCCGCCCUUCCCCGGCCCCGCGCAGGACUCCACAGGAUCGUACCAGGACGCUCCGUACCUGCCCUCGCCGCCGGCGCCCUACAAAGGCGAAACGACGCACUGCGUCGGCUCGCAGACUAACGGUGAGCUGCCCAACAGCGCGACUCUGUCACCGACGGUGUCUCCUUCCGUCCCCGACGCGGCGGGCGUCGCGGCGCCGCCCACGGUGGCUACUUCGUCGUCCACCGCCGUGGGUGACGCUUCCACCAACACCGGAGGCGGCGCCGGGGCGAAGCCGCCUCUGCAGAGGGCAGCGACCGCCGCCCACUCUCUCACAGAGUCCCCUGACGAGGGUUACGUGGGCGACGGCGCGGACGGGUCCGACAUGUGACGUCAGCAGCCGAGGGCGGCGGCGGCGGCAGCGGCGGCGAGGCGUCGCUCCAGCGUGCCCGUGGCCGGCGAAUUACGCUGGCGCUUCGACGACGCCGUCGACUUCUGCAAGGGGGACAACGUCGCCCUGUGAUCGCUUACCGCAAAGACAUCCCCUCCGGCGCAACAUAGCCCUGAUGACCGUCUCUGACACUCACAGGGGAGCAGCAGGAGGCGACAUAAAGUUAUCACACAUUGUCUCUCAAGCGUCUUUCUCCUCCCUAGUCGUUCAGUACGCCCGAAUGACUGCCAUGGCGUUAACUUUCACUUGCCCUCGGUUAUCACCACAGAGUUUGCCUCUAUUGGAGUACAGAGGUCGUUCCACAUAAUUCAGGUAUCGAAAUUCACCAUCAACAGCCGCAAGAGUCGUGUCCUGAUGAUACAUUUCACUGGUCCUUUUAUGCACCGCCUUCGACUGGUCGAUUGUCGUUGCACAGUCGUCUUAUAUCUAGGCUUGGGGUUGCGUUUCCUCUCCCUUCCAAGACACUGUAUUAGUGAGGGUGAUGAGAAAUCUGAGGCGGUCGGUGGAAGAGACUGACGACCAACAAGAGCGUAUUUUAUGAUAUUAUACGUUAAAUUCAGAGUGCAAUAUGGCAAAAGAGUUUAUAUAUUGUACAGUACUCUCUAGUCUUACAUUUGAGAUUAAUUGCUACUGGCAUGUGAUACAUUCGAAGCACAACAGAUAACUUGAACUUAACAUUUCUUACUAAAUUCAGGGCUAGUAAUUUCUUCCUCUGACGCUUCCAAUGGGGUCUACACUGUCAUAAUAUCAAACAUUCUUCAUAUCCUGAGAACCACGUCAUCGAGUUAUCUCACGAAUUAUCUGAUAUUCCACCUCAUUUCUGUUCUACUUAAAUUUGUCAGCAGUGAUGCGCACAUGAAGAGCAUACUUUCUGCACCACUUAAAUAUUGUGCAUCAGAUAAUUUGAUACAGUUUAUUAUAUCUCCUGUUAUUCUCACAGUAUGCUGUUGUUCCACUCACAUUUGUGAAUAACGAAAAUGUUGCUUUUCAUGUUCUUUGCUGUAAUGGAUAAAUCUAGAAAGAGACCCUUACACCUAUAUCUUUUUGCAAAAAUAAUGACGCACCACCGGCUUCUAUUCAAUCCAUUGUGAUUGUCAUUGUUGCUCUACCUUUCACCUACCUGCGAACAUAAACCUCCUCAUCUCUAUAACGUCAGUAAUAGAUUUCAAUCUGAAAAAGUUUUCAAUUAACAGAAAACAUUACGCGCCUCGCAGAGACAAUAGUAAGAAAAAUCUGAAAAGAAAACUCAGAAGAAACUCUUUGAAACUUAAAGUGUUUUGUUGACUGUGUUCAUGAGUUUCGUCUGUUACUCAGUAGUGGUAAAAUACGUAACACUGUUCCAUCUCUGUGCUAACACGUAGUUGCUGAUUUCAGUAACAGACAACAGGAAGGUGUGGAUGUGAACUGGAGAUUGCUCUUUUGUUCUGUCUGAAAUGGAGUUCUGAAAUAUGUAAGUAUUGCCAAAUAAUAUUAGCUCCAUUACCUCCAUCGCUGGACAACUACCAUGUCAACACAACUUUUUGGAUUCCUACAGUCGUUGGUAAAGCCCUGAUUCAUCAUCGCUGACUGUUACCAAGAACCUCAUUAGUAUCUACAUGACAUAUCCGAAAUAUUGCUUAACUAUCAUUCUUUCGUUUGAGUGGAUCUUAAGUGCAGCAUUGAAGUUUUAUUUUCUAUUUGAAUGAGAGGGCAAAAGCUGUAAAUAGCAUUCAUUCGCACCAACUCAUUCCACAACAUUAUCUCACCACAUAUACGACGGGUUAAUGAAGUGGAGUCUCCACCAAUUCUGUCUCCUGUUGCUGUGUAAAAGGCGUAUUUGUCAGGAAUUGCUUAUAAGAAACCGGUUGCGUCGCACCGCACUACCACAUUAAUUCCUUCGCGUUCGUUAUUUGGAUUAAACACUUACCAAUUAACAUUACGAAGAAGGGAAAUUAUUAUAUGUGGAAGGUUGUUAGAACUUGCGUUUUCGUUGUAAUUAUAAUAUCAGUUUCCAUAGUUUUCAGUCAUUACUUCAGACAGCUACCAACUAAAUUAAUAGGCAACAUUAUAGUUUUGUUUUUGUUGUGCUGAAAUAAUUAUGCUAUUACUAACCCAUUAAAGUGCAAAUGUAGCAUUCCACUCGCUUCUUACGACGAAUUAGCGUCGAGAUCUCUGUAGUGAGAUGGGUAAUGAAACGUCUGCGUUCCCUGUAUCUUUGUUAAAUACAGUCUAAUAUUAGGAGCUAACACUGGAGUCAUCUUUCCAUAAUUUUGUUUCUUCAAUCACAUGGCAACCCCGUCGACUUAUUUUGUUCUUACUUUCAUUCAUUUAUCAUCAACAAAACUCUGCACAGUGUGUAACUGAUUUAAUAUAGUGUGGGGUACAAUUUUACGUAUGCAACAAGCAUUGAGAUUUUGGAGAUAGUGUUUUUGGUGAACGCGGUGUCCAGGAGAGAGAUUUUAUCAGCAGUCGUCAACCAGAGACAGCAAUGGAGAAAUAACAUCUGUUCCAUAACUGGAAAUUGUAUUAUUAAUCUUACUUGAUUUUUUGAAAAUUUCUGGCGAGUAACCAGUAUCAAGAUGAUGAUGACUGAUUUUUUCUUCUCAAUGGCAAACAUUUAAGCUACUAUGCUUUCAACUCAUGUCAUACACUGACGCCAAAGAUGAAUUUCUUACUAUGCAAAUAGUGUUGUGAGUAAGAUUGUGUCAUUCCCCUGUGUGGGACGAACUUUUCUGUCACUGUAGACUUUUCUAUUAAUCACAAAUGUAAAAUACGAAGAAAAUCGUUACUCUCACCUGUGUGUAAAUGAGUGUGUAAUACAGAAAUGGUACCUAGGUAUUAAUCACAUCUGUGAUAGCCUGGGUAUGUAUUAACAUCUAAAUACUGAACUGUGUUUUUUACUCUGUAAAUAUUCUUUGACAUUAACACGAAUCUUUGGUAAAAUGCUUGUUCAUGUGCAGAACAAGCUAAAUGUUUUAGAGUCUUUGAAGUGUUGAAUCUGACAUAUACGAUAACAGACUUGAUGUGUAUGUAAACAUAGGAAAAGUGUUAAAAUAAGCAUGGAUUCUGCACUAUGGGACAACGAUGAUCAACUUUGACUUUCUUCGGAACAGACCGUUUUGUUCUCGAAAUAAAUUUGCAAAAAAAGGACGUAACAGUGUCACACAGGGUACAAUUUUCAGACACUAACGAGCAAAGGGAAAUCUUUUUUUACAUAGUGGUACGAAGUCAGGAUCCCAUACAUGACAGUCCUUAUUUUAUAAUGCAUGUAGCACAGUGCAAUAAAGGUACCUUUUGUACAAACUGUGUUUGCCAGUACAUUUAUAAUGAAAUGUAUUGAAUGUUUUGUAAGUGUAAAUAAAAUUUUGACUGUAAACAGAAUAUAUUUUCUACGAAAGAGAACGUACGAUUUGCAGACUGGUGAGAGAAGAGAAGUCGGGAUGCGGGUUUCGUUAAAGAUUUGCACUUGUAAAUGAGCGCCAUACCCAAAGUCACCCUAGUUUUAAAUGCCCUGCGUCCAUGUAUAUUUAAUAAUUGUAGCAGUGAGAGACUUCAAUAAAAUGUGUUUCCUUUGUGUUUUUGUACAAAUGUCUUCAACAUGAAUGUUACUUCUUUGCAGUUGUUACAAAUAACACAGUUGUUUUUUGUAAGAAAAUGUUGUUGCGUACUUGUUGUUACUUUUUGUUCAUGACACUGAGUAUAAUUACUUUUGUAAGUCGACAGAUGAAUGGCUUGACUGAUCUAAUGUGGCAUUUAUUUCUAUUACAGUCACCAAGUUUUGAGCGUAACCGUAAAAAUGUUCCUAGCUCUCCAAUCAAAAAUGUACAUCUAAAACAUGUAAAAAUACAGAUUUUGUGUGUUUCUUUGAUCAAAUAUAUACCUAAAUUUUUAUGGUUAAAAUGCAUUAUGCAUAUUUUCAUAGAAGAAGCAAUUUAAAGGAAACGUUUGAUUAAGCAAGCCAAGUCUCUUGACACGGGAGAGACUUCCCUGAUUGUCCUGGAUAUUCCGCAUACAUACUUCCCAGUUAUUGCUGUUCUAUGAUACCCUGUCAGAAUGUAUUUAGUUGACUAAGCACUGUGACUAUGAACUUAAGAAUAUACAGCAUAAUGCUAGGCUUUAGCAAUAUCUCUGUACUCUUUCAAGGAAUACAACGUUUCAUUUACAGUUCUGUCCUUCGCCAGCAACUUCUUACCUAAAGCAACUGAGAGUUAUUCGGUUCGCAUUUCAUAAUGUUUGAACAACCACAGUAAGUACAGAAAAAAUUAUCUCACAAACAUUCGUUAAUAACUGAAAUGAAACGCAAAGAAGAUUAAAAUCACUAAGAAACCACUACUGAAAUAGACGUAAUAGAGUUUUUAUACGGUUACAUAGACGAAAAUGUACACAAAAGAAAUUCAUCCAGUGAAGAACUGGUCGCUCAAGUACUGCUAAAGUUUCGCACAGGAGAAAACCAAAGACGUUACGUUAUAAAUAUAAGUGACUUUAAUAUUCAGUAAAUGAUAUGUGUAAUUAAAAAUCUGUUUCAUUUUUGUGUGUAUAAUUAUUUGGAAAAUAAUGUUUUUUGUAGUUUAGAUUAUAGUAAAUGUAAAUAAAAGGCAAAGUAAGACGUGUA